AUGGCUCCGCCUGAGCGAGCAGGACGCGGGGCCCGGGACCCUCGCGGGCCGAGCCGGCACUCCGCGGGGAGCCUGGCUGCCCGCACCCGCCGGGGACCCCGGGAGCCCGAUCCCCCUCCUCCCGCCGGCCCGGCCGGAGCCCAGCGCCCGCGGGCGGAUCCCGCACGCCCGGCCCGGCCCGGCCCGCUCCCCUCCCAGCGCGGCGGCCUAGCGCCGGCUCGGAGCUGGCCCGUCCCGGCGGCCCCACAAUGGGGCGGCCUCCCCGGCUCGGCCCCGCGGCCUCGGCGCAGCACGGCCGGGGCCUGGCUCCGGCCGCUCCCGCUCGCUCACCCGCUCGGAGCAGCCGCGGCGCGGGGCCCGGCCCAUGCGGCUCAGCAGUGGCGGCGGCCAGAGGCCGCAGGCGGCGGCCGCGGGGAAGCAGCACAAGGCGGGCGGCCCGGGACCCCCAUGGCCGCAGCCGCUCGGUCUGGCGGCGACACGGAGAGCAGCGAGCCCCGCACGGCUCAGCCUGCGCCGCGGCUCCAGCCCAGCCGCUGCCGGGAGAGACCGGCUCCGCCGCGCCCCCCGCGCCUCCACCCGGUACUGCGGGCGCCGCGCCGGGAGAGCCCGAGCCAGGAGGCGCAGGAGAGCCCCGGCUCCGGGGGCGGGCUCCGCCGUGCUCAGGAGAGGAGAGAGCCAAACCUGGAGCCUCCAGAGCUGCUGUCCGUGCCCUCCGUGCAGGCCGGGCUGCACGCCUCCCUCCCCUUUCCCACUGCAGGGAACGAAGCCGUUUCCAAAUUUGGCAGCAGUGCUCUGCAGAAGCCAGCUCAGUUUCCCGGGUCAUUUUAA